AUGGCGAGCACUAAGCGAGGUCUACGCCUGGAAGGCAAAAAGGCCAUCAUUACUGGCGCUGCUGGCGGCAUUGGCCUCGAAACAACGAUCCUCUUCGCCCGCGAAGGCGCCGCAGUCCUCAUGGCGGACAUAUCCGAGCCCGCCCUUGCUACCGCACUAGCAAAAGUCCACACCAUUCUCCCAGAUCCGCCUCGACUCGAAACCAUCAAAUGCGACGUGUCUAAAGAAUCUGACGUCGAAGCCAUGGUCAAACAUGUCGACUCAUGGGGCGGCGUCGACAUCAUGUUCAACAACGCCGGCAUCAUGCACGGUGAUGAUGCUGACGCAAUUGAUACGCCGGAAAAGAUCUGGGAUUUGACUCACAAUAUCAAUGUCAAGGGUGUAUGGUUUGGAAGUAAACAUGCUGUGCUAAGCAUGCGGAGGCAUGAGAAAAAGGUUGGGAGUAUUAUUAACACAGCCAGCGUGGUUGCUUUGGUGGGAAGUGCGACGCCGCAGCUGGCAUACACAGCGAGCAAAGGCGCUGUACUGGCAAUAACAAGAGAGUUGGCGAUUGUGCAUGCGAAGGAAGGGUUUAGAUUCAAUGCGUUGUGUCCUGCCCCAUUGAACACCGCGCUCCUUCAAGACUGGCUCGGCGAUGACGCAGCCAAACGCCACCGCCGCGAGAUCCACUUCCCAUCAGGCCGCUUCGGCGAAGCCAUUGAACAAGCCCAAGCCGUCUUAUUCUUGGCCAGCGACGAGAGUAGUUUCGUGAAUGGGACUGACUUCGUGGUUGAUGGGGGAUUGACAAGAGCAUAUGUGACCGCUCAAGGCCCUGCGACCAAGCCACCUGCCAACUUUGCUAGAUAG